CCGGCGGUGCUUGCCUGAGGUUUGUCAACAGUUUCCGCGCGCUUCCUCCGUUUUUGGCUACCCGGCUCGGCGCUGAAAGUAUUCGACGUGCAAAAGGAUCGACCCGCUAACAUGACGAAUUCAACGGAAAUUUCUGCAACGCAACAACACAAGUCACUAGGAAUUGCGUCCAGGAGUAAAAAUCCGAUAGAAGAGGCUUUCCCCGAGUAUGCCAAGUACAAAAAGGAUGACUUCGAGGUGUCCCUGUAUUGUAAACACAAAGCUGACAUGGACCCAAAGGUGAUCAAAUUUGCUUUUAAAUUGGCCGAGGCGAACGUGGGACCUUACUAUAAAACGUGUAAGUUGGGCUGGCAGCCGAAGAUCAAACAGAACGAGUUGAACAAGAAUUGGGCUCGGUACCUGGUCGCUGUGGACACUAAGAAGAAGCAACCCGUUGCCUAUGCGAUGUUCAGAUUCGACUUGGAUUAUGGGAGCAGCGUUUUAUACUGCUAUGAAAUGCACGUCGAGAAGUCAUCACAACGCAAAGGACUAGGCAGAUUCAUGAUGACUGCUUUGGAAAACUGCGCACGCCACUUCGGACUGGAGAAGAUCGUGCUCACAGUAUUGAAAAACAACCCCGAGGGGACGGCGUUUUUCACUAGCUUAGGAUACACAGAAGACGAAACCUCCCCCGACAAGGCCGAUGAGGAAGAUUACGAGAUUCUAGCCAAAAAACUAACAUAACACGGUUUCCCCUUAGACUAAUAUUUUACUCGAAAUAAUAGAAAACAAUUUACAAAUUUAA